AAGUAUAACGUAAUUAACAUUUAUGUCGAAUUGUGCACCCAAUCCUGUCAGAUCCAUAUAUUCACCCCAACCCUCACCUUUUUAUACAAGAAAGAAUCCGGUUUCGUGUUUUCAACGCUGCAUAUUACUAUUACUUACUACUAUUCAAUAAUAUUCAUUCCUUUUGAAACCCAUUAGCUUCAGCGGGUCUUCCUGUUCCAUCGAACCCUAGAAACCCACUCUCAUCAAAUUCAAUAACAAUGGCGAUGCCAAGUAUUUACAGAAGAGUUCUUCCUUCUCCUCCUGCCAUUGAUUUCGCUUCUUCUGAAGGAAAGCAAUUGUUCAUGGAAGCCACUCAAGGUGGGACCAUGGAAGGCUUCUUUAAGUUAAUCUCGUACUUUCAGACACAAUCUGAACCUGCUUACUGUGGAUUAGCUACCCUUGCCAUGGUCUUGAACGCGCUUUCCAUUGAUCCUGGUAGAAAAUGGAAAGGUCCCUGGAGGUGGUUUGAUGAAUCUAUGCUGGAUUGUUGCGAGCCGUUAGAAAAGGUUAAAGCCAAAGGCAUUUCUUUUGGGAAAGUUGUGUGUUUGGCUCAUUGUGCUGGAGCAAAGGUUGAAGCUUUUCGCACAAAUCAAACCAGUAUUGACGAUUUUAGAAAGCAUGUUAUUGCCUGCUCUACUUCUGAUGAUCGUCAUGUAAUCUCAUCGUAUAACAGAGCCACUUUUAAACAGACGGGUACGGGUCACUUUUCGCCUAUUGGUGGGUACCAUGCCGGAAGGGAUAUGGCCUUAAUUUUAGAUGUUGCACGUUUUAAAUAUCCUCCUCAUUGGGUGCCGCUUAAAUUACUUUGGGAAGCUAUGGAUACCGUUGAUGACGCCAGUGGAUUUCGCAGAGGUUUCAUGCUAAUAUCCAGACUUCAACGGCCACCAGCAUUACUCUAUACCCUGAGUUGUAAGCACGAGAGUUGGGCUAAUAUCGCAAAGUACUUGAUGGAAGAUGUUCCCGUAUUGUUGAGUUCUAAGAACGUGAAAGAUGUGAAGGAUGUUCUUUCCAUUGUUUUCAAUUCUCUUCCUUCAAAGUUUCUCGAAUUUAUUAAGUGGGUUGCGGAAGUUAGAAGAACCGAAGAAGGCGGUCAAAGUUUAAGUCCAGAAGAGCAAGAAAGGCUUUCUAUCAAGGGGGGGAUAUUGAAACAAGUUCAGGGCACUCAAUUAUACAAGCACGUCACCGAUUUUCUCUUCACCGAGAAAUCAGGUUGCGGGGGCUCACAGUGUUUGGGUAAAGAAACCAGUUUGACCGAUAUUGCAGCUAGUGUGUGUUGUCAAGGAGCAGGGGUUCUGGAAGGAAACACUGAAUCCUCUAACGGGUUUUGUUGCGGGGAAACACGUGUACAUUGCAUAAAGUCCAACGGAGACAUGCCACCUGUUACAGUAGUGUCUGGGACCGUGACAAACGGCGUUGUUGAACAACACGUGGAUAUGCUGGUUCCUUCAUCUCCGAAAAAUUUAAAUUCGUCCAGCCCAGAAGUAACUAAUUGCAUCGGAAUGCAUCCAGCUAGCAAUGAUGUUCUUACCGCACUUUUACUGGCUUUACCGUUACAAACGUGGUCUGGUAUCAAAGAUGAUACCCUGUUGCAGGAGAUUAAUACGCUUGUUUCUAUGGAUAACCUUCCCGAUUUGCUUCAAGAAGAGAUUAUGCACUUGCGUGGACAGAUGAACGUUCUCAAGAGAUGCAAUGACGAUGAGGUCAAUCAUCAAGAAACAAGACAUGUUUUCAGGAGAUCAGAUCCGGUUAGUAACAAGUCAACUUUGUUCCUACACGGGUCAAACUUGCAUAAUCAAGGUUUGUCAUCACUAGGACAACAACAACGAGCCCAUGAUUGCUGUAGCAGAUUUUUUGAGAGAUUUGAAAGGCCAGAUCGGCUUUCGGGUGGGAUCAAGCGCGUUAUUACAUGGCCUAAACCAAUUGCUUAUACACCAAACAUGGGUUCAAGGUCUAUAUUUUCUCUUAAUUAUUUAUCUCGUUAAGGGUAUUAUAGGUGUUAUUGUUACUAGGCUAUGAUUGUAGGUAAUUUGUGCAACAAGUAAGUUCACAUUACUAUUUUAAUUUGUUUUCCAGAAGUAAAUAGAAUACAUAAAAGUAAAUUUUGCAAUC